AUGCAAAACCAAUCAACGCCAUUACAAGCAUUCCUUGAAUCUAAUGCUGAAGCGAUCGAGUCUCUGAAAUCACUUUUACAACAAAAACUUGAAAAUGGCCAAGACGAAGAGGCUUUAAAGAUUAUAAAGCUUUUAGUGUCUGCGCAACCGGAGGUAACUGAAUGGAAGUUUUUAAUGGCAAGAUUGCUGAACGAAACGGGUCGUGCACAAGAUGCUCGCAAUGUGUUUGAAGAAAUUCUUGUCGCAAAUCCUUUGUCUUUUGAGGCUUUGUUCGAGAAUGCACUACUAAUGGACCGCUGUGAAGAAGGAGAGGCGGUUAUUAGAAGGUUACAAGGGGCUUUAGAUAUUGCAGAAGAGGAGAAUAAAGUGAAAGAAGCGAGGGACGUGAGGCUGAUUAUGGCACAGAUACAGUUCCUCCAAAAGAAUGUGGAGGAGGCGGUGAAGAGUUAUCAAGAGUUGUCAAAAGAGGAUCCUAAAGAUUUCAGGCCUUAUUUUUGUAGAGGGAUGAUAUAUAGUUUACUUGAUAGAAAUGAGGAGGCAAAAGAGCAGUUUGCCAAGUAUCGUGAGCUUUCGCCAAAGAAGUUUGAGGUGGAGGGGUAUUUGAGGACCUCAUUAUCAAGGAUGAAGCUUUUUGGGUCAAAUGAGAAGAACUGAGUCUUGGCUUUUGAAGUUUUGAGGUAAUAAUGAUUUGGAGAAUUCAGCUACUCUCCAGAUAGAGAAGGAAGACAUUGGAUUUUUGGGUAAUAAUCAUCCAUAUCAUUUAGUUUAGGAUUGAUCUGGAAACGUCGCUGAAGUUUUUAUGCUUUUAGGGGAAUUUCCUUGUCCAUAUUCAGCAGGAUUGGGCUGCUCUUUCAUGAUAUUGCUUUCACGUUUUUGAGGAUGACUUGUAUUCUCCAUCAUGCUUUUGGAAUUCUUUUCAGUCCGUCAAUCUAAUUUUCUUCAUCUAGGAAAAUUUUGUUAUUUUGUUCUGCUUCUUCCUGGAUUACACUUUGAUUUGAAGAGUUUCUAAGUUUGGCAUGAAUUGUGGAUUAUUAUUACUUGCUCUCUUUACUAUUGAAUUUUGUUUACUAUGAAAAGUGAGGGUUGCUGAGUGUGGCAUGAAUUGUGGAUUCUUAUGUCUUGGUUGCUUUGCUAUUGAAAUUUGUUUAGUUUGCACGUGGCUUA